AUGUUUUCAAAUUAUGCCCUAUAUGUUGUCUUGCCUUGUUUAAAUCAUGCAUUUUCUUUUCCCAAAUUCGACUUCUGAGAUUGUGUAUAUAAACCUAACAAAUGCUUAGAUUUCAUCGAUUUCUAUCAUUCUCUCAUCAUUGUUCAACCAAAGAAGAUGAUUGGUGUUAACAUAAGUUAUGAAGAUGGAAAGAAAAAACCGAACACGGUGAGAAAGACGAUGGAAAAACUCAAAUCUGUAUUUGAUAAGAAGAAACCUAAUCAUCAUGAAGAAGACUCAAGUCAGACUUCGCCAUAUUUAACCAAAGCUUUAAACGAGGACAUAUCAUAUGAGCUGUUCAAAAUCCAGCAGAAGUUGGAUCAGAAAAAUUUUAUCCUUCAAAAACAAGAUGAUAUUCGUCAAGGCCAAGAAGAGAAGAUGAAAAACCUAACGGAGGAGAGCAAAGAAAAUUAUAAGAAAAUUAAAAAAAUCCUAAAUUAA